GCUGGUUGUGUUUUAAAGCGGAUUAAGGUCUGUUAUUUGUCUAUUUCUGUAUGUCCUUUAUAGACAGGAGGCUAACUUUACAACCCGGACUGAUAAGACUGCAGCACAGCAUGGCCUGAUCUGACCUCCAGGACAACCACAGGGUCAACAUAUCUGUCACCAGAGAGGUAAAGACACAGCUAGAGCAGCUACAGGAGCUGUUUUAUACCGGAAGUGAAGUUGUGACGUCGUCAUGGGAAGCAAAGUCAGCUCCAAAAUGGCCGCGCCCGCCGCCCGACUCAUCCAGGCUGUCCGGCCUCACGCUCCUCUGAUCAAGUUCCCCAAAAGACUAGACAUCCCAAAGCCCAAUGUUCAAGAGGCAUUGAAGACGGUAGCAGUUAAUUUCUCACCACACAACGCUCCAGCGCCGCCUCCGUUAUCAAGACCUCAUGUACCUUUGACCCCAAUUUCUGGUACGCCAGACACCCUGGCCUCUAUUCAGCUACUACCUGCACGGUACCGCAGGAGACCGAUGGCUCUGGAUGAAAUGGACUACAUCCAGCGUGGUGGACCAGAAUGACAAGAAGCGACUCAAUCACUGCAGCCAAAGUCCUUAUCUGUCGGAGAUCAGUCUGUGUCUUUAACUCUGUUCCUCAGCACAAGAAAACCUAAUGCCACAUGAGACAUGAUAUAGAAUAAAGUAUUGCAUAAAGCCUGUUAAAA